AUGGCUUUGCGCUCGCACGGUUGCGCACCCUUCUACCUCGACGCUUCUAGAAACCCUUCCAGGCACAAUUCCUCAUUUCUUUACCCUUUCCUCACCAAACCGCAUCGUUUCCCCUAUUGCUCUUUUCACGGACAGAGCCCGCGUCACUCUUCUUCGCCAAUUACAUCCAGUUCGUGUCACAGGUCGAGCAAGCCGGUUAUUCAAGACUUGAAUUCGGAUCCCACGCCGGAGAAUGAGAAGACCCGUUCGGGUAAAAACCCGACGCAUGCCCGGUGUUUCAACUCCGUUUUCGGAUUCCGAAAGCCGUAUCUCUUGCGGAGGAUUCUGUUCCCAUCGCGGAAAGUGAAGAGCAUCAUUUUGCUUAAUGUCAUCACUUUUAUUUACGCUAGUAACAUUCCAGUUGUCAAAGAGGUUCAAGCAAUUAUGAAUCCAGCAGCUUUCACAUUUGUGCGCUUUGCCCUUUCUGCCAUUCCUUUCAUCCCAUUUGUAGUGCGAGGGUGGGGAGAUUCUUGUACCAGAAAUUCAGGCAUAGAAUUGGGUAUCUGGGUCAGUCUGGGAUAUCUUAUGCAGGCACUUGGACUACAAACCUCUGAUGCUGGCCGCGCAUCAUUUUUAUCUAUGUUCACUGUUAUCGUGGUUCCGUUACUUGAUGGCCUGCUUGGAUCAGCAGUUCCAGCUAGAACCUGGUUUGGAGCCCUAAUGUCGAUUGUAGGAGUUGGAAUGCUGGAAUCCAGUGGUUCGUCUCCAUGUGUUGGAGAUCUUUUGAACUUUUUAAGUGCAGUGUUUUUUGGCAUUCAUAUGUUAAGAACUGAACAUAUAUCAAGAAGCAUAAGUAAGAAGAAGUUUCUGCCCCUCCUUGGAUAUGAGAUCUGCAUGGUUGUUUUGUUUUCUGUAAUAUGGUAUCUUCUUGGAGGUUACAUGAAUGGUUCCCAGCAUCCCUUUCCAUCAUCUUGGACGAUGAAAAUGCUUAGAGACUGGAUGAUUGGUUUUCCAUGGAUACCAGCAAUUUAUACCGGGAUAUUUUCAACUGGUAUAUGCUUGUGGGUUGAGAUGACUGCAAUGUGUGAUGUAUCGGCCACAGAAGCUGCAAUAAUUUAUGGUCUGGAACCAGUCUGGGGUGCCGGUUUUGCAUGGUUCCUUCUUGGUGAAAGGUGGGGUCCCACAGGAUGGGUUGGUGCUGCCCUUGUGCUAGUAGGCAUUGCUGAGGGAAUAAGAUCGUCAGGGGGAAGCUUAGCAGUGCAGAUAUUUGGAAGCUCAAGGGAUUCGGAUGAAGAACAAAAACGAAGUAAGAAAGGUGAAAACCUAACGAUUUCUGACAAAAAGCAUGGUUUGUCUACUACAUCCACGCUAUUAGUUAGAUCCAGGACGGACGUCUCUGAUUUUCUCAAGUAG